GAGAGGCCGAUUUAUUUAAUACCGUUACACGGUGUGCAGAAGGUUUCCCAAGUGAUUAAUGUAAUGUGCCCAGAACAGGUCAUGUCAAACCCUUCAGUUCCUGGUACUGUUUUGAAGUUUACCUGCAAUAAGACAUUUCUUUAAACUUUAAAGGGAUUUGUCAGUAUGUACAAAUGGUUUCGGGUAAAUCAGAAACAGUGAGCAGUUUUCAAAUCAGUUACAGCUUGACAGAGACAUUGAAGGUGAUAAGACGAAGCAAUUAUUAACAGCGUAUGCAAGCGUGUUUCUAUAGCGCUCGAGAAUAUGAGCAUACAAAAGAUGAAAAGUGAAAUCGAUAACAGUAAGCGAUAGCACAGGUGUGUUGCUACGGGCACUCUUAUAGUUUAAAAAUAUACAUCUUUGUGCCCUUAAAAUGUGUUUUUGUGAGGAUGAGUUGAUGGUUGAGAAAGUUAAUCUGUGACAUUGUCAAAACAUCUUGUCGUAUUGAUGCUGUAAACUGCAAAACAAUUUUUAAUAGCGUGUUUUUACUAUUCAAGUUACAUAUGAUUUAACUGGAAAUAAAUUGCAUGUAAAAGUGUUUGUGCAUUCAUUUACUUUUCCAUUUUCCACCCCGUGAACUUUGCACGCGUGAUAAGGAUCCAAAUGUGUCUGAGUUUAUUCUAUGAGAUCAUGAUAAAUUGUGCUUGUAUCUUUAUUAAAGUUCAGAUUAGAUGUUAUUUAGUAAGCGGGCUCAUUUGUUGCCAUGUUAUCUUAUUGUACAUCCUGCGUGUUUUAUGUACAUGUGCAACAUAAGUACCCUAUAUGAUAGCUUUUUUUGGCAAGCAGCCUAGUCUUUCAAUCCAUUAAAAAGCGUGCCGUGUAUUGAGCAAAAAGUGACAUUAGUUAUCUGUUCAAAGCACUUAGACAAUAAUAUCAGACAGUGUCAACACUGAUCCAGAUUCAGACAUUAUAAAACUGAAGACGUCCACCCAUAGGAUAGUAAAAUCAUAAAUUCUUUCUAAGCUCAAAUAGUUUAUUUCCUCAUUAUUUUCUCAGAUUUUACAAUGAUUACACAUCAUUUAUCAACAUUCAUCAUCAACUUCAUUUAUGGAAGUUGAUGAUGAAUUAUAUAUAUAUGUUUUCAUGUGUGUACCUUUAAAUGCAAAUGAGUGACAGCUCUUCACUCCCUUACCAAUAGACAGUGAUUUCAUUUAAAAUAGAUCUAAUUCCUCUGAAUACAGUCUGAGACAACAGUGUCUUUUGCUAAAUUAGCAUUACAAUGUGCUAACAAACACAUUUAGAAAAGUUUCUGGGUAAAAUUAACCAGUCAGUCAAUGGGGCUUUGUUUGUGUGAUGUCACAUUAACAAGACAAUCAAAACAACAUGUCUAAUGAGACUGCAUUGGUUUUAUGGAGAUAAAAUAUAGGAGGUAGGAUUUUAUUCAUUGUAUGGGGGUUGUGUUUACAUACAGCCAACACACGUUUAUGUCCAAGCACUUUGUAAAAGUGGAUUUUGUAUAAUAUGUGCUUUUUAAAAACAUAAAAAAUCCUCCUGAUAGAGAUUAUUUGUUCAUUGAGAAUUUCAUUGUGAAUAUUAAUUCAGUGGUCUAUCAUACUUUGGUUAAUGGGUUUAUGGAUGCUGGACUAUGGAGAUGAGAGAUAAUGCGAGAUCGGGUUCAGUGUCUGUAUAAGAGCAGCCGGGUUUAAACAUAGACAGUCUUCUCAGAUCCUCAAGAUAUCCUGAUAUAUUGACAGCUACAAUGUCUCCUGUGUAUGUGAUUGGCAUGUUGGGACUUUUGAUGAAGCUAGCAAUGCCUAUGUGUGUUCCCACCGAGUACACCCUUUAUAUUGAGAGACAGGAGUGUAAUUAUUGUGUGGCUGUCAACACCACCAUCUGCAUGGGCUUCUGCUUUUCAAGGGACAGUAAUGUAAAAGAAUUGCUAGGUCCUCGUUUUUUGGUCCAGAGGGGUUGUACGUAUGAAGACGUCGAGUACCGAACGGCCGUCCUGCCCGGCUGCCCGUCGCACGCAGAUCCACACUUCACCUACCCGGUGGCUGUAAGCUGUCACUGCAGUACUUGUAACACACACAGUGACGAAUGUGCACACAAAACCAGCACCUCUGGAGUGAGAUGCUCCAAACCCGUCCGUCAUCUGUACCCCGACCCCGAUGAGAACAACUUCAUCCAGGCAAUCUGGGAGCAGUAUGAGUGAUCAAAAUGUUAUUACUUUGGGGGUACGUCAGUAUUCCUUGACUUGAAUA